AUGUUUCUUUUACCCUUUAUUCUAGUUAUAACAAAGUUUAGCCUGUUUUCCAACUGCGCGUUUUUGGAACUAAAAUCCCAUACAAUAAGUCAAGGAGUCAGGGUUUCACAUGGGCAUUUAGUACCAAAUGGCAAAUAUAAGCUAUUCAUGGGUUAUGAAGAACGAAUAAUCCUAGUUAAAUGCGGAGAGCAGACUAUCUAUCCAAAAAUUAAUCAAGAUAUUUCUAACGAUGAAUGUCUGGUUGAGCUUUUGGAAAAAGAUGAACACGAGUACCUAAUAAUUUCAGUUUUUGUAAAAAAAUCAGCAGAAUCCAUCCUAUCAAAAAGAACUUACUAUAGAUUGAUUAACGAUGAGUUCAUUGAGGUUGAACCAAUCAUUGUUCUUAACGAAACAGGCGGUGAGGUGUUUCUCUACUUUAACAUCAAUCCCGGGUUUAAGCACCCAUUUAUUAAAAAAAAAUCAAGGAUAGAUGAGAAGCAUAAAUACGUAAAAUACACAAUAGCUGAGCAAUUUAAAAACUUUACAAUAAAUCAAAAGAAUGACAUACAGUACAAGUUCGGAAUUGCUUAUGACCCACUCAUAAGCACGGUGGUGGGAUUCAAAAUUUUCAAAAGUUUCGUAGACAGUUUCGAUUCAGUCACAUUCACUUACAGGCUAAUUCUGAAGAAAUUGGAGUUUAAUAUAGGUCCCAAGACUAUAACUUAUGUGAAAACCAGGUAUUACUGCAGAAAGAUUUGGUCAGCAUCCGUCGAAAAUCCUUCCGACUUUGAUCACAUUGACAAAUCUAUUGCCUACGAAACACUCAACUACAUGGACGGAAAAGGAGUCAGGUUUAAUCCCACAAUCAUUGACGUCUCGGAAUUAAUUUCUCCAGAGAUAUUUGGGGUGGAAAAAACUGUUGGACUUCUGGGUUCAUGGAGUUACACUCUAUAUCAGAUGAGCAAAGAGGACGAGUUAUUCAGAAUACGAAGUGUGUUGGAUUUGAACUCUGACGACAUUAUAAUCUGGGUGAUAAAUGACAGUGCUAAAUCUGCUACUGUUGAGACUUAUAAGAUGGGAGAGAGAACCAUAGUUACAGUGGGAUUCACAUACUACACCUCUUUAGGGGCGAUUAGGGAAGUUCGUAUUUUUGACAGAUGCGUGGAGUCAGGUAACGUUGUAUACAAGGAAUUUUGGGGGAAUAAAAAAAACGAGCUCAUAGCUGUCUUGGAGCUGAUGGGUCCAAUUGCAUUGAAUAUCUCAAUAGACAAUGCUCCUACUUCUUUAUAUAGGACUGAAAUUAGGUUUGAAACAAAUGGGAUUCACAGGCACUUUUACAUAAAUGAACCAGAUGGGAAUGCCAUAGAUCAUUCUGAAAAAUAUGUAUUUGGAGACAUAUCUACUCGAAGGAUUUAUGAAGUUGGCAAUAUUCCGAUAGAGAAGUAUUUUGACGAGGGGUUAAAGAUUGACAUACCUAUCAACAAACAAAGUAUAACAUUAAUAAAUCCGGUGAUGGAAAUGGAGUCUUUGAAUUCGGUUCCCUGA